UAAACAAAAAAUUGUUGCUUGGGUUGGUUAUUUACGAUAUUUAAAUCAGAUGAUUUUUAUCUGUUAAAUAUUUUAGAACACUUUAUGGAAAUUUUAUAAAAUUUUUCUAUUUUUCAAGUGCUUUGAAAUUUGUUUAAAGAAAAUAGGAUGCCUAAGAAAAAGACUGGACAAAGAAAGAAGGCGGAAAAACAGAAACUCCGCCUUAAAGAGAUACGCAACCGGGAGGCCUCACUGGCGGAUAUGCCCUGUAAUGCCCCAAUGGAAUGCGAGAAGUGCGAGAAAAAGCAAAAAUCACGAGCAUUUUGUUAUUUCUGUCAGAGCUUGCAACGUCUACCUAUUUGUGCCCAUUGCGGUAAAGUCAAGUGCAUGUUGAAGACUGGCGAUUGCGUUGUGAAGCAUGCCGGAAUUUUUACUACCGGCUUGGGUAUGGUGGGUGCUAUAUGUGAUUUUUGUGAGGCUUGGAUUUGUCAUGGACGAAAAUGUUUGCAAACGCAUGCUUGCACGUGUCCACUGCAAAACGCUGUUUGCCUAGAAUGCGAGAGAGGCGUAUGGGAACAUGGCGGCCGGAUUUUUAAGUGCUCUUAUUGUGAUGGCUUCUUAUGUGAAGACGAUCAAUUCGAACAUCAAGCGUCAUGCCAAGUUCUAGAGAGCGAAAAUUACAAAUGCCAAUCGUGCAAUCGUUUGGGUCAAUAUUCGUGUUUGCGUUGCAAAACUUGUUACUGCGAGGAUCACGUGAGACGUAAAGGCUUCAAAUAUGAAAAAAAUAAAGCCAUACCAUGCCCUAAAUGCAAUUAUGAGACUUCGUUUACAAAAGAUUUAAGUAUGUCGACACGUACACAUAAGUUUGGACGGCAACAGCAAGGUGGCGUCAUCGAUAGCGAGGACGAUACAGGUGGUGACGGAUACUUCAAUUAUCACGGCGCCGCAAGUGGCUAUGAUGAUGAUUAUGUUGCCAGCAACUAUAGCGACGAUGAGGUUUCGGAAGAAGAUGGUGAUGAUGAUGAUGAUGAUGAUGAAGAAGAAGAGAAUGAAGAUGAGUCAGAAAAUGCUGACGCUAAGGUAGCUAACAAGGAUGAUGCGAAAACAAUAACGGUAGAAAAACAUUAAUUUUGUUAGUCACAGUGUUGAUUUUUUCGGGCAGUCAAAGAAUAUUUCAUAAUGUAAAAAAAUAGAAAUUGCAAAAAUAAGAAUUUGAAAAAUUUAUUU